UUUGGUGAAGUUAUAGAUCCUCGAGUCUUUUCUCAAAACCUUAAUCCACGAUAUCUCUGGGGAUUCUUCUAAUUGUUGUCAUGCCUUGUGAUAGUGACAUGAACACAACACUGCUCAAUUGUCAAUGGACCCAUCUGCGAGCCAAUAAAUUGUCUGUUGCACUAUGUUAUCAGGUUGAUAACUGGAUCUUAAUGAAUUCAAGAACCACUGUGGCAUCUGUCGUUUCCUGUAAAUCGGGAAACAAGAACGACAUCUUUUUCUGGACUUUGGUUUGCUUGCUGUCAAAGUUCUCUGAGAUCCCCACUGCAUACUUGAACUUCUACCUUAACCUGAUUAAGGGAAUUGAUAGGACUUAUUUAGCAAUUUGCAAUUGGGGCUCCUUUGAAGAGCUUCAUCCAUAGCAGUGCUUAAUAUUUAGCCAUCUGCAUCCAUCAUCAAUAUUUUAUCAUCUUGAUUCCGGAGGCAAUAUUUGGCAGCAUGGUUUCUUCUCAGUUAUCUACUCUCACCAACAAACAAGUUUGCAAAUCCUUUAAGAGCCAACUGCUUUUCCCAGUGAGCAUUCCUGAUGUUCCCCCAGAUAAUGUUGAAUUAGACUUCUGUGAUGUAUUUGGUCCUUUACCAGAACAAGCCUCAAAUGAAGUUGGUAACGGGGACUCUGAAAAAUUGGUGCCUGUACCAGACGUGACUGGACUUUGUUAUGAUGACCCAGUGGUCAUUUACAAUCGAUCACAUUCUUUGGUUGGUCCCUCCGCUUGUGUUAGUCAGUCUUUGAAAUUGAGCAAGCUCACCAUACAUGAGAUGGAGGAUUCAGUGGAACUUGUAGGGAGUGUCGGUUGUGAGACAGACAAUGACGUUCAGGAACUUCUAAUUAAUGAUUCUUUUGUUAAUGGAUCUCUUCAAUGUGUGGAUGAUAAUUUCAUCAAGGAGCAGAGCGUAGGCCUUGAAGAUUUUGAGGUCCUGAAGGUUGUUGGUCAGGGUGCAUUUGGAAAAGUAUUCCAGGUGAGACAGAGGGGAACAUCAGAAAUAUAUGCAAUGAAGGUCAUGCGGAAGGACAAGAUAAUAGAGAAGAAUCAUGCUGAAUACAUGAAAGCAGAGAGGGAUAUUUUAACCAGGAUACAGCACCCAUUUAUUGUCCAGCUCAGAUGUUCAUUCCAAACCAAAUAUAGACUUUAUCUUGUGCUAGAUUUUGUGAAUGGGGGACACCUAUUUUUUCAGCUUUAUCACCAUGGACUUUUCAGAGAGGAUCUGGCACGGACAUAUACAGCAGAGAUUGUUUCAGCAGUGUCUCAUCUUCAUGCUAAUGGUGUAAUGCAUAGGGAUCUGAAGCCUGAAAAUAUCCUACUGGAUGCAGAUGGCCAUGUUAUGUUGACUGAUUUUGGCCUUGCAAAGCAAUUUGAUGAGAAUACAAGAUCAAACUCCAUGUGUGGGACUGUGGAAUAUAUGUCACCUGAAAUCAUUCUUGGGAAGGGCCAUGAUAAGGCUGCAGAUUGGUGGAGCGUUGGGAUCUUAUUGUUUGAGAUGCUCACAGGAAAGCCUCCAUUUAUUGGUGGGAACCGUGAGAAAAUUCAACAAAAAAUAAUAAAGGAGAAAAUCAGGCUGCCUGCGUUUUUGUCAAGCGAUGCACACUCUCUGUUGAAAGGGUUGCUGCAAAAGGAUCCAAGCAAGCGCCUAGGAAGUGGGGCCAAUGGCAGCAAUGAAGUAAAGCAUCAUAAAUGGUUCAAGCCAAUCAACUGGAAGAAACUUGAAGCCAGGGAAAUCCGGCCAAGUUUUUGCCCAGAGGUUGGUGGGACGCAGUGCAUUGCCAACUUUGACAAGCGUUGGACUGAUAUGACACUCCAGGAAUCUCCAGCUGCCAGUCCAAAUAGCAAUAGUAACCCAUUCCAGGGUUUUAGUUAUGUGAGGCCAGCAGCCUCCUUUCUUCAGAGGAGCAGUCCAAUGUGCUAGUGAGUGUGGCGACUUCAGCAAGCUGGGUUGAACAACAGUCUUUGCUUUUCAUGGCUGGAUUUAGAACCUUAAGUAAGAGCUGUGAGUUUUUAUCUAUGAACCCAGGAAUAUCACAAUCCUAUAGGAAAGGAAAGAACUAUUACCUGAUAAGGUGAACGGCGUUGAUGGCUGGUGGCCAUCUGAUGAUGUUUUAUUUUCUUAGUACUUCCACAUGUUGUUGCUUUAAAAGUUUUCAAUUCGCAACCCUAUGGUUCUCUCAUAUGCAAGAUAAAAGUAUGUUUUUUUUUUGCCUCA